AUGUCAGACUUUCGUCAAGCAUACCCAGAAACGCCCCAGUUUAUGACAGAGUGCUCAACGUACCUUCCCACAACCCUCGGCCUGAACUGGGGCGUGGCCAAUGCCUUGAUCCCGUCCGUCCAGAACGGCGGCUCAGGGGCGACGAUGUGGGUAAUGGCCACAGAUCCGGACUUUGGUCCUCAUGCGCCCUGGGGUGGCUGCGCUGGCUCUCAGGGUGCGAUUAUCGUUAACUCCUCAACAGAAUAUUUGAAGACGAAUGAUUACUACAUGGUAGGACAGUUCAGUUGCUUCAUUCGCCGAGGCGGGCAGAAUGUCCAAGUCACGAAAGGGAAUGAAGGCGACAAUCUCUCGCCGAACCAGUUCAAUAACAUCGCAGUCCGGAAUCCUGAUAAGUCCUGGGCCGUGGUAUUUGUGAACAAUAUGAACCGAACGGAGAAUGUACGGCUGUCGUUCACAGGGAGUGGAAAUGUAUGGGAGGGAGUUGUUCCCAGCUCCACUGUAACGACCUGGCUUAUCCCAGCCGACGAAAACGUUCCGAAGAAUAACACGGACUCGACGAUGGCCUAUCCUUUCGCGCAUGCCAAUCGGACGAAUAGCACGGGCCCCAUUGGAGCGAGGAAAAAUGAGACCUGUGUCUUGCCACCUGUCACGACUGCUGCACCGACGUCGACUGCUUCGACUUCGACAACGCCGUUGUUACCGGUCCCGCAUGCUACGCAUUUUGUGCAGCAAAGUUUGUUGAGUGCAAUAAGUGGCAAGGAUGAGUGUACAAAUGAGCAGAAUGUGCUGGUGAGGGAUAUGUUGCAGAGUCAUCGGGCGAGGCAUGGAAGGCAUCGUUAA